GCCGACCCGGCUACUUCCAGUAUGCAAAUUUCACAACUUAUCACUUUACACUUGCGAUGGCCGAUUCGCGGACCUAUCUCCACACAUUCAAUCAAACAUGACGAGUGUUCGCACAUAUCGAAGUUACUAACUCGAUUCACUUCUCAGUAUCCAAGACAAAUGCUUCGACUCAAAAUCACAGGAUUAACGGCUCUGAUAUAUAGUCUUCCACUGCCUUACUUUUCGCACCUAUAACAUCUCUCAAAGCCUCAACAUGCCCUUUGCCGACUUUCUCUCCUCCGUGGCUAGCACGGCCACCAAACUGAACGGUUGGUACAAAUACGGCGUCGUUCCGCUUGUGAACCAGCUGGGAGACAGCCUGCAGCAAGAUCUGUUCGUUGCCAAGAAGAAACUACUUGACUUCAACUUCAGGCGCCUGCCUCAUAGUACAUGGCGUUACGUCAAGGCACAUCCGUUCAAGACUAUAUUCUACAUCGUCGGCGGAGUCUCGACUGGCAUUAUGAUCUUCCAACCAGCACUCAUCUUCGGACCACUACUCAGUCUAAUGGGCUUCACAGCUGUGGGUCCGGCGGCUGGCUCACUCGCAGCUGCCUGGCAGGCUUCUCUCGGAACUGUGGCUGGUGGCUCACUAUUUGCAAUACUUCAGUCGGCCGCUAUGGCUGGGUAUGGUGCAGUAAUCGUAGGAGGUGUGCUUACAACUGGAGCUGUGUCUUUUGUCGCCAUCGAAGCAGCAAAGCUAAUCAAGGCUGCUAUAAAUCCAAACCGCAACAUGGCGAUAAGCGAGGGACAAAGGGGUGUUGACACUUUGGAACCAGAUGAAGAAUAGGGUGUGCCUAGAAUAUUUAUUGGAAAGAGAGCUGUAAAUGCUUGUACUGAGAUCGUACGGCUCAUCUGAGUUGGCUAUCAAAGGCACUGUAUGGCUGUGUGACGCUACAACGGUCAAGUUUGACAAAGCUAGGCAAAGAUAUACUCUUUGGUGUU